AUGCCUAUUAUGAUUGCUGGAGUUCGAAGAUGUGAGUUAUGUUUUGCUGUCGUCUAUCCACUGUUUCUGCAUUAUUUCACAAUCACGAAGCUCUGAUCUUGCUAAAAAUUCUUUGGAAAACGGAAAAGCCAUUACAUCGAGAUACUCGCCUACUUGAGCGUUGAUGCUGCGACAGCCAGAAAUUCGUUCAACUCGCGGUUUCCGAAUUUGCCUCUCACGACAGGAAAAGCGCGUCUUCCGGCCGAAAAGUUCUCUUUUCAGUGAAUUGACUAUUCGCAUCUCGUUUUGCCACUCGAAAUCCACCCAUUACUGCCUCCUCCAUCGCGCAGUUUGAAACUAUCGCUUUUUCCCGUCGGCCUUUGCCAUUCCAUUCAACUUAACUGGCUAUCAAAUGUGAACAAAACGUUUUUGUGCUGCGUCGAACUAAUAUGUCCGGAAAUCUGUGAAGACAACGUCGUGUCUAGCUUUUAAUGUUCCCUGCAGAACGAAAUCUUUUCUGCUUUUCUCUUUCCGCCACAAAAUCAACUUUUCUUUCUGUUUCUCAAAUUGUGGUUUGUUCUUUUUGCACUGCGCGACAACGUUGUGUAAAUCUGUUACUUCUGAUCCUUUCUAAUCAUUCUGUUAUUACUUAAUACAAAAUCGUUUAUUGUUCAAAGGGUCAUUUUGAAACACGUUUGAACAAUUUAUCAAAAAAUCAAAAUUUUAAAUGUGAAAACUGAUCAGCUUGUUUGUGAGGCAUAAGUCCAUGAUUUCCAGCGUCGUCCGGUUACAACAUGAUAGAACGAUGCGUAGUGGUACAACGACAGCCGGACGGUUUCGGGCUCACAGUUACCAGCGAGUUUCCCGUUUUUGUACACACUCUCAAACAGGACGGAGCUGCGUUUUGCGCCGGAGUUCGGCAGGGCGAUCGGAUAGUCAAGGUUGGUAGCCCCCGUUGAUUUUUCGCGCGUUUCGGUUGAAUGUAUAGAAUGUACGUACAUAAGUAGUUCAACCGAAUUACCCUCUUCUAAAUCGCGUUUCGACACUACACCCACGACUUUUCACUCUUUCUAGGUCAACGGGAUGUCCGUCUCGCCCAAUAACCAUAAGGAAGUGCUCCAAAUGAUAUCAAGUACGUCGCAGAGGGGUCUUGGUUCAAAGCACAAACACAUUCUUUCAGAUGGACAAAAUGUGGCAUUGACUCUUUUGGGAAAACCUCCGGAACCACUAUCAAAUCUACCGUACCAGAAUACAAAGUUUGAGCAGAAGAUACAUAUCGCAGACCCCGUACUCAUUGAGGUUUUAGGACUAAAGUAUUUUCAUUAAUUUUAUGUUAUAGGCAAGCUCGAAGAGUUGGCGACAACGACGAAACGAAUUGCUGGGGCAGAUGGUCGAUGAGGAAAGACGAAACGUCGAGGCCAGUUCUUUUUUAGUUUUUUAUUUACUCUCUUGAGUCACCACUAGCUCUUGUUUCAAAAUCAGGAACAUUGUAAAUGAAUGGAUUGCAAGAGCUUAAAGAACCUCUCAGGACUGACACAAGACAAAUUGUACCAAUUGGCGGGUUCUGACGUCCUCGGAGCAAUUCAGAAGAUAUAUUGGUUUCGGUGUAGGCCAAUUUUUUCUUCCUGGCCUCGUUUUCCCUCCGGGCCUGUCCAAAAAAGGCAGCCACAAGUAUUUCUGCUUCCUGAGCUUAUUAAUAUUCGAUUACCUAUUGAUCGUGUAAUUGGUGUCUGAGACUGUGGGCCGUGGAAGGCAAUGAAUGGGUCGAACGAAUUAUGUUAACUCUGUGUGCGUUUAUUUUCGAAACAAACUUGUCUCUGUUUCUAUUUCUGUUUAUUCUUCUGUUCCACAUUGUUCUGAUGUCAAUGCCAUCCGCUCCAAACCAAUCAUUUUUGAUUCCAAAUCUAACACCCCAGAAAAAAAGUUAAAACAAUCCCGAAGAGUGUCGUUGGGACCCACUACUACCAGAGUCACCACCAAUUUUAGACAAGUUUUCCGAAUAAACAUGCCCGAUUUCUCUGGGCGCGUCGCGGGGGAUGUCUUUUUUUGCUUGCCCCCCCUCCGACAGCAAGGCUCAUCCUUCCCCUACAGACAAAACUGGACAUCGUUUCGUAGCCUUUGUGUGUCGAAUGUCUUCCAAUCACAGAGUUUUGUCACUUGUCCCCACCCUUAUUCGAUGAUUCCGAAGCGUCGGGGGGUUAUCCAAUUGCAACGCAUGUUGUCAACAUCGCCCCCCAUUCCGGGCGGUUUGCUCUUUUUAUAUACACAUCUUGUUGGUUUCGGCUUCUUUCUCUUUUUAUCCAUGGAUCUACUAUUAGAGUACUAUGAGGAGAAUCCUAUAAAGGGGAAUUCAUAAUUGUUGGAAAAAGCCAAGUGGGGCUCAUUUUUUCUGCUCAUUUCAGUCCUCUUCCACUCAUUCUACUUCCGCUUUUAUGAAGUGUGUUGUUUUUGGCAUCAUCGAGUGGAAACUAAAUGUUUAUAAUUUCCCUUUAUAAAAAAUAUUAUCUAUGGGCCUUUUGCUCCACUGGAAAAAGUGUUCACUCCAGAGACUUUCAAAUUUCAAAUGUCUGGGGAACACUUGGAGGCAACUAGUGUUUUUAUCAACAAUUUCUAUCUAGUUUUAUGUCAGAAUCGACAAUCGUUCAUUUAAGGGACUACGUGAGUCGUCACAGAAUGGCGAGAAGAUCGAUCGAGCACUGAAACGGAUAGUGUCGUUGCAAUCGCAGCUGAAACAGAUCAAGCCGGAAUCGAUCAUCUCGGAUAGCCAGAAAAGUUUGGUGAGUUCUCAGUAUGGUUCUUGUUUUUUUGGAAAAAACCGGAUACUUUCAGACAAAUCUCAACAUGGACAUCGAUAGCGACGAAGAAGAGAAUGACGUCGUCUACUUUGUAAGUAAUCUAGAUGCAUUUCUCAGUGUUUUCCAAAACUAAUUUCCGUUUGCAGCCAGAAUCGCAGGGUGGCCCAUUCUCCAACUUGGCCGAACUCAAAACUCACCCAGCUCACUUGGCAGUCUUCAUCAAUUAUCUCUUAUCACACGGCAAUCCAAGCAGUUUGGUAAGUGCGCAUUGCGGCCCGUUUGUCCCAUUUGUCAUAUUGUCCCUUUUCAGUUUUUCUACUUAAUCACAGAUGCAUAUCAGUCCGCAUACGGCACCGCCAAAGAGUUCAGACGUUGGGCGUUCGAAAUAUUCUCCACAUUCAUCAUUCCGAAUUCCCCAAUGUGUAUUCCCAAUUCGAACCAGAGUGUCAUUCAGCCGAUCGACAAGGUUUUUCCGCCUGUUUUCAGAAAAGAAAAGAGGGCAAACUUGGCGCCUUUUUCCAGAUAAUGUGCAUGACGGCCGAGCACAUCGGUGACAGUGACGCAGACACGCUGAAGAGGAUCUUUGUGCCAGGAAGACAACGGGCCGUCACUGACAUCAACAUGUACCUCAACGAAUUCAGACAGAAGAAACAACUCGGGGGACAGGUGUCAGAGUCGGCCAACCAACUGACGCACAUGGUUCGCGGUGACAUGGCCAUGGAGAACCGGGUUUGUCAUGAUACAGGUGAAAAUUAUAAAUUGAAAAGCAUCGAUUUUAGGUAGGGGAGCAGAUGUUGUUCCGUUGCCUCGAGCAGUGUAGCAACUCGGCCGACUUUGACUCUUGUGAAAUCCGCACACAAGCCAUCAUUUCCAGCCUUGCUACCGUGAUCAAGGUACUCCCAAGUUCAAGCUGGAGGGCGCACUGCAACAUAUUCCUUCUAUGUCUCUUAUUAAGAUUGUGCUGGGGAAAACGUCAUCUUCGUCUAACGAGAAGACGCUCGACAAGUUUCCGCAGUUCAUGGCACGCGACAAGCCUCCCGGAAAGAGCCGCAAGUUGCCGGCCAACAUCAAAAACCGCAUUCAAGUCAAAGGGCACAGCUUUUCAAUCAACUCGGUCAACACUGUCCAUUAUUGCUAUCAGUGCAGGGAUGCGAUCUGGGGAAUGCAGCCGUGGAUCUACUUCUGUAGUAGUGAGUGCCCUAUUUAGAGAGAUCGAAAAAUAAAUGACUUUAGACUGUGACGUGAAAGUGCAUCCUCACUGCACCUCGGCGCUCACCGACGCUUGUUACCCGGUGACCCAGUCGAAACAAAAGUCCAAGGUUUGUCGAGUAUCCCUAACUCAAUCAGUUAACCAUCAUUAUGUUUGCUUUGAAGUCUCGAUUGUCUGGUCUAAUUGGCCGUUCCGACGCUAACGAUGACGAUGAUUCUGGGAGUAACGCACGGCACGAGCCGCCAAAUGUCAAAUCGACGAGCUCGGACAGCGGUAUUGGUGGCGAACAUAACUUGGACCGCGGCAUGGUGUCCAGGUCGCACAGCAUGAGAUACCGCGUUGUGAGUGAAGAACGAUGUGAUAACCCAUUCGAACCUUUAUUUCUCCUAGGCAACACUCCCCCAAUCCUUGUCUGAAGAUAAGGUGUCGAUUCCAAGUUCUAAGAGGGACCGAUCGGCUACUCCGAAUUGGCAGAGGUCUACGGGCCACGACUUGACUCCUGCUGAUGAGAUUGACGAGUGUGAAAUGUCGGAUAGAAAAAUGAAAUACUUGGAGAGACGGUACGGUGAAGCAAUUACAUGGACAUGAAGUUAUAUUUCAGGUCCCUAGAAAGUACGAGUCGUAUGGCUAUAGAUCUCCAAAGUGUGAGCGCUGCUUCGAGCUGCUCUCACCACAGCGGUUCCGUUGUCACAGAUGAUGAGGUUUGCUCUCGCGUUGAUCUCUCUUUUCAAAUAAAUUUCCCAGAUUUGCGUACGAAGAACUACCACACUCCAGUUCUCCGGUUUCAUGGAUGGCGAUAGCGAUUUCGAGUUGGAGACUGAAGCGACUCCGUUGGAGCAGCUGAUUGGCUGGGACGUCAUCAGGCACCUGAAACCGAAAGAAAAGAAGCGGCAAGAAGUCAUAAAUGGUAUGUGAGAGGGGUGAUGUUAUUAUCAGGACUGAUGUGUUUCAGAGCUUUUUCACACGGAGAGGACGCAUGUCCGAAAUCUGAAAAUACUGUACCAUGUGUUUUACAAACCAAUAAUCACUAACAAAAUUGUCUCUGAAGAUCUUUCACAGCUUCUCUUCGCCAAUCUGGAGGAGUUAUUAAACUUGCACAAAAGCAUGUCUGAUGCGAUGAGAUCGGAGGUUGAGAAGGUAAACAUCGUUAUUAGGUGAUCACAGGCAUAUGCGUCGUCUCUGCUUUUUAGUGGCGAGCUGCAGGCCCUCGAGUAAACGGAGGUAUUUAUGGGGACAUUGGCAUGCUAAUGGAGGGCAUGUUCGACGGGGAAGCAGCUGAGAACUUGAUGCGGAUCACCGCCACGUUUUGCCAACAUCAGCAACACGCCCUUGAAUUCCUCCGGACCAGAUGCAAGAGGGAGAAGGACGACGCUUUCGUUCGUUUUCUGGCGGAAGCGGAGUCGAACCCGGUGUGUCGAAAACUCCAACUCAAGGAUAUGAUCCCAGUGGAAAUGCAGCGUCUUGUGAAGUAUCCGUUGCUCUUGGAAACUAUCGCUAAGUACACGACUGAGCCGAGCGAGGUGAGACAUUUUUGUUUUUAGGUUUGGUUCCUAAAGUUUGUUCUAUUCUAGGAGCAAGAUUGUUUGCUGCGAACAGUGGCGUCUGCAAAACGCAUUCUGAGCGCCGUAAACACUGCAAAACGGAAUGCGGAGAACUUGCGGCGACUCGAAGAAUUGCAAAAGAGGACGGACACGUCACCAUUCGAUAAAGAAUUUGUCGGACACGACUAUACUUCCUUGAAUUUAACCAAGUGGGCCACGAUAUCCACUUGCUCUCGCAAUUCUUGUGCUCUUCAGAUUCCGUCUCGUGCACGACGGCCCGCUGACAUGUCGGUUCAAUCGGGGAAAGAUGAUAGAGUUGCAUGUUGUUCUUCUCGAGAAUUUGUUAGUGUUGUUCACCAAGAAUAGUGAUGGAAACAAACUGGUGCUCAAGGUUGGAGGACAAAGACUAUUUGUUUCAUGUUAGAUUUUGACCAAAUUGGUUUAGGCAUUGGAACCAUCGAAAGAGACCAGAUGGUCGCCAAUACUACCACUGGCUCCGUUGAUUGCGAAAGAAAAGGCUAAUGACAAAAGAGCCUUUUUCCUCAUUUUCAAUAGCCAGUAUGGCGCACAAAUCUAUGAACUCGUCGCGGGAACCGCCACUGAGCGCAAGACGUAAUAGCCUUCCAUUUUGCAAAGUCAUUUUUUGUUAGGUGAAUAAUUCAGAUGGUUCAAAUUGAUGGGCGAGCAAAUACUGAGCGAGAAGAAAAACCAAACGGCCGGAAUUGAGCACAACUUCGAAGUGGGCGCUCAAACGACGCUCGACUCGGACGGAAUUGCUAAAGUGAACGUGGUCACCCAUCCUCGACUCGUCAACGCCAACGAGAUCACCAUUCAGCAGCCGACAAUUCUGGAGCACGCACAACCGGUUCUCACUCCUGCUGAGAAGCUCAAGAGAAGCGAUGAGAUCAUCAUGCAGACUCUCAUCACUAAGCAGACUAUUCUGGCACAGUUUUUGUCUAAUGACGACUCGGUUAGUUACUUGCAAUCAAUGAUGUUUUCAUAAUGUGCUUUAAAUUUUCCAGAAAGGUAACACCGGCGAGCUUGAGAAAAUAACCGAAAUGCUUGGCGGCUUGGCAGUAGUCGAUCUGAAACAGAGGGAUGGAAAAGAGCUGGCCAUGUCGGCCAUCGUCCACGGCAAUCGCCUUCUCGACAGUAUCAACCAGAGCCUGAACAUCAGAAAGGAAAUGGGAGAGGAUGGUCGGGAUAUUUAUAUUCUUGACAAUCAGGAACCGAAUGUUCCGUCUGUGCCGUCAUACAAAGUGAGUACUAAGCACACACUAUCUCUCUCUCUCUCUUCUUCUGCUUCUUUUUUAUACUCCUGUCGUUUUCAGCUGACUGCCAUCGCAGCGCCUUUAAUGAACCACCUGAAAGCAUUGAUGCAGGUGAUUCAAGACCAACACAACGAGCUUAAUGUUGUCAAACAACAGCUUUAUCACUACAAGGUAGCACAGAAUCUCGUGAUUACAGGCGGUAACUUAUGAAUUUCAGAAACUUGCCACUGAUGUUGAUACUCGUGACCGAUCUGUAAGCGAAGAAACGCUCACCGAUUGUGGGGAGGACCGAAAGAUGAUUCCGAAGCGACCGCGGCUCCCUUCGAUUCAACCCAUGACUUGA